UCCAUAACAUUCAAGAUGUCGUCAGCGUUGGAAAAUCUGGAAAAUCAGCUCGAGAAUUUUAUUGAAAAUGUCAGAAGAAUUCGCAUCAUCGUCAGUGAUGUUCAACCACAAGGACAAACAGUUCUCAAUAACAAAAUUCAAGCUCUCGUGACUGGACUUCAAGAAAUUGAUAAGCUCAAAUCUCAAGUUCAAGAUGUUCAUGUGCCUUUGGAAGUGUUCGAUUACAUCGACCAAGGCAGAAAUCCUCAGCUCUACACAAAGGACUGCAUCGAGAAAGCGCUGACGAAAAACGAGCAGGUCAAAGGAAAGAUCGAUGCAUACAGGAAAUUCAAGGCCAACAUGCUCGUCGAGCUCAAUCGUGUCUUCCCUAAUGAAUUAGCCAAAUAUCGACAGAUUCGUGGAGAUGAGUAAAUUAUUUAUACCUAGCUCUGACAUAACUAAGUUAAGGUAAAAUGAACAUAACUCUACCUGUAUUUAUACUAAUUUACCGAAGAAAUCUGUGUAAGAUAAUACAAUAAAUUUUCUAUCAAAUGUAAUCAUUUA